UUGAAAAUUGCUUUAUUUGGGGAUUGCUGUAUUGAAAAUGUUCAUUAAAUUCAUUUGUGUUUUAGACGAAAGUUUGUGUGCUGGUGUCAAGUGAGCUAAAGACGAUUAAAGAUUAAAUAUAAACAUGUAUGCUUUUCACUUCUUUUCUAGGUAGGCUACAAAAUCUAUUGGUUUUAAACGUUUUUUUUUUUUGUUAUUCAUAACAGACCAGAUGAGAUAUGUUGUAUAGUAGUCUAUGGACAUUAACUACAGCUAGAAAGUGAAAGUCGGAUUGUACAGACCCGACACUGCGUUUUCCCUUUCCAUAUACUCCCGAAUAAAAUCCAGCAAACUCCACCAUGUCCCUGCAUCAUUCCCUCGAGCGACACAGUAGAAAGCUAGUGCACGUAUACAAAGAUGAAACAAACUCAAAUGUGGACAUAUAUUUGUGUGAUAUUUGUAACUCUGCUGAGUCAAUGCUCCGCUUGCAGAUGGCUCGGCAGAUACAGGAUGGUGAACGCCGAUUCUCUGACACUGAUUGAGAAAAUGGGUGGACAUCCUGGGGCUGUUAAGGUGCGAUUUCCAGGACACCUGUACAACUUGAUUGGAGAUGCUAAGGUGGAGGACCAGGUGAGGUUUCUUGUCUUGAACUUAGAUCAGAUCAUCAACCUCAUGGAUGCCAAAGAACACAUGAAUCCAGAGCAAUGGAAACUAGUGGAAUAUUUCCUAAAAGACCUGCACAGGCAGUCAUCUGAGCUCAAAGAAUGUGUGGCCCAAUACCAAAAGCCGUCACAUUUGGAGUCAUAUAAGAAAAAGAUAACAAGGCACUUCAGGACUUUAAAGAAGAGUUUAAAGAAAGAAAAAUAUAGUUCUCACGCAUGGGAGCAGAUCCGGAGAGCGGUGAAAACCCACCUUCAGAGGAUGGAGAUCAUCGCAAACAAUGCAAACAAGUCCCUGGCAAGAGUUUAACAGACAAUCAAUGACAGAAAAAAUGUAUGACCUGUGACACAUUCCAUAGGAUAAAAAAAAUGCUGCAAACAACGCCUUACGGACAAAAAUGAAAACGAAAAAAAAAAAUGUUACAAAUGUAUUUGUGUAUUCAGAUGUUUGUAUUUAAUUGCAAUGAAUGAAACCUAGAAUGUAAAUUAGAGUAGCUUAUUUUGACUAAUAGGCAGUGCUUUAAUACAGUGUUUACCUUAUGUGUUUCCUAUGAAAACUUGAAGUUAUCAGAUCAAAUAAGCUAAUUAUGUUUCUUACAAAUACCUGUGAAAACUUUUCUGGUUUAGGUGAGAGUAAGCCUCUUUGCCUAAACUAUACUCAGAUAUUUUGCUAAGUAAAUGUAAAAAUAUGCUAUGCAUUUCAGAUCAAAUGUAUUAACUGUCAGUCAGCCGGCAUGUUGGGUAUAUUUCAUGAUUGUUUUGAGUAUACUUAAAUAUAUUUAUUUAUUUUUGUGCACAUUUUUUUAUAUCUUAGUAUAUUUAUUGUUUUCAUAUUUAAUGUUAUUUAUAGUUAUUUAUUGGCUCUAAUUGUCAUGAAACAUUUUGUACUUUCAAAUAAAACAAUUACUGAAUCUGCUAAAGGUGUUAACAUUGUUUUCUAAAUCCAGUGAAC